UCUACUUGUGCAGACAACACAGAAUUACAAGUUGUCCUUUUUGUGCAGAGAGAUCAGGUAAACGAUUAAAAACUGUCUAAUUUGUAAAUGAGUAUGGCAAUCUGACUCCUAAUUUGACCAGGUUUUUCUCAGGCCAUAUGGCCCAAAGGAUCACACUACAAAAAUUCAUAUACAAAAAUUAUACAAAAAGUAAUCAGUUGCAGAAAAGAUGGUUGUUUACAAAAGCAACAAAUCAGAUAAAACACCCAGGGAGAAACAAUAAAUGUUUUUAAAUGUUAAUGAAGAGCUCAAAAGAAGAUGUGAGCAAAUGGAAAUAUAUAUCACAUUUUAGAUUUUUAAACUCUGCAAGGUAUUUUGUUAUGUGAAGAAAGCAAGGUACACAAUGUUUGGUGUAAUAUACUACCUUUUUGAGUAAAUGGAGAUAAUGUGUAUUUGUAAUUGCAUGGAGAAACUUGAGGUUUACACAGAAAGUAAAGAAUGUUGGGGACAGAUGCAGCAGCCAGGGCAGGGAUAAAAAAAAUCCCCAAAGGCAAAUGUUUUACUGAUGUGGAAGAGGUGAAACAAAAAACCAACAGAAGCACUAAAAAGCAUCAAAAUAGAUGAGCUCAAAAACUAUUUUGAGCAGUGGAAAAAAGUCUUGGCCAGCUUCCUUGUGCAUCCCCAGGAGCUGCACUUUCCUUGUUCUUAAAAGUGUCUGAUUGUCCUAAGGGCUCAGCCUGAAAUCUGGGGUGCUGCUUUGAUCCUCAGCAAUGACUUGACAUCCUUUUUUGGUCACAAAGCAGUUUCAGGAAAAUACCUGAGAAAUUUAUAAUGCUACAUCAUGAAAUACAUAAAGUCUCAUCCUUCUUCAUGAAAGCUAAGGAAAAACUCAGAGAACCUAGGAAACAAAAGUAUUUCAUCUGAUCACAAACAUUGAUUCUUAAGACUACACCUAUAUGUAUGAGACUCAAUUUAAAAGAGUUUGUAACAUAAUUUAUACUUAAAUGUGAGAGAAGCUAAGAAAAAAUCAUUAAGAAUGUAAUGAGAAUGCUAUAUUUCAUUGUUUUGUAAUAACCUAAUCUCAGGAUAAUCAAUGUGAAGAGAUUUCCAUUGUAAAUUCAGCUUCACGAGAUACCUAAGAAAUGAUAUUGAGGAAAACCAUGUGAAUUUAGUGAAUGUAGAAAAGCUUUCAUCUAUGUGACACGUCAAGACUAAAGAAAUCUUAUUGGAGAAAGUAUCUGCAGGAUAACAAUGUUGGAGAGCCUUCAGACUGAAUCAGAUAUCCUUCAGCAUAAUCAAAUUCAUACUAGAGAGAAAACUUAUGAAUGUAAUGAAUGUGGAAAAACCUUUAGUCUGAAGCAAAACUUCAUUGAGCAAAAGAAAAUGCAUACAGGAGAGAAAUCACAUGAAUGUAAUGAAUGUGGUAAAGUAUUCUCUCGAGUCGCAUCUCUUGGUCUACAUUUGAGAAGUCACACAGGAAAGAAACCAUAUAAAUGUAGUAAAUGUGAAAAGGCCUUUAUCCAGAAGGGAAACUUCCAUUCUCAUCAGAAAUGUCAUACUGAAGAGAAACCUUAUGAAUGUGAGAGAGCUUCUAUUCAGAUGCCAAGUCUUAUGAGGCACCAGAGAAAUCAUCCUGGAAACAAAUUGUAUACAUGCAAGGAAUGUGGGAAAGCCUUUGAUGGCAAAUCAUCUCUCACUGAGCAUGAGAAAAUUCAUAUGGGGGAGAAACCAUUUGAAUGUAAUCAAUGUGGAAGAGCCUUCAGCCAGAAGCAAUACCUCAUUAAACAUCAGAAUAUUCAUAGUGGAAAGAAACCCUUUAAAUGUAAUGAGUGUGGAAAACCCUUUAGCCAGAAGGAAAACCUCAUUAUCCAUCAAAGAAUACAUACUGGAGAGAAACCUUAUGAAUGCAAAGGGUGUGGGAAAGCUUUCAUUCAGAAGUCAAGCCUCAUUAGACACCAGAGAAGUCAUACAGGAGAGAAACCCUAUGUAUGUAAGGAAUGUGGGAAAGCCUUCAGUGGCAAAUCAAAUCUCACUGAGCAUGAGAAAAUUCAUAUUGGAGAGAAACCGUAUAAAUGUAAUGAAUGUGGAACAAUCUUUAGGCAGAAGCAAUACCUCAUUAAACAUCACAACAUUCAUACUGGAGAGAAACCCUAUGAAUGUAAUAAAUGUGGAAAAGCCUUCUCUAGAAUUACAUCACUUAUAGUACAUGUGAGAAUUCAUACAGGUGAUAAACCUUAUGAAUGUAAAAUAUGUGGGAAAGCCUUCUGUCAAAGCUCAUCUCUUACUGUGCAUAUGAGAAGUCAUACAGGUGAGAAGCCCUAUGGUUGUAAUGAAUGUGGGAAAGCCUUCUCUCAGUUCUCAACUCUUGCUCUACAUAUGAGAAUCCAUACUGGAGAAAAGCCUUAUCAGUGUAGUGAAUGUGGGAAAGCUUUCAGCCAGAAGUCACAUCACAUUAGACACCAGAGAAUUCAUACUCAUUAAAGCUCUAUGAAUGUCUUGAAUUUAGGAAAACCUUCAAUAGAAUUCAUACUUUAUAGCAUAUUAGAAAAUCCAUCUUAUUAUAGUGACAUGAAUGUGAAAAAUCCUUCAGCAAUUCAAACUUAAAAUACUGAGAUUUUAAAUAAAAAGUAUGAUGUUAUGGAAACAUAUACCUCCAGAGCCCCCACAACAAACAUUUUUUAUGCUGUGCUUCUUCGGAGCAUUCUCAUUGAAGUGAGGAUCCAGUUAUGGACACUAAUCAACAUGGUUCUGGAAGGCCUGCCUGAUGCAUUAAGACAAAAACAUGAGAGGUAUAAAGAUUUAUAAUUAAGAGAAAAAACUGUCAUUCAUGUUAUAUGUUUUGCUAUAUGCAUAAUCACCAGUUAUUUGUUCUUGAUUCAGCCAUGAAAAACAGGUUGUAUCAUAUGCAUGCCUUUAUGAGGAAUUGGUCAUUGACAGAUGUGGUAUCACAAGUUGGUAAGGAAGUCAUGCAUGAGUCAAAAAUGGCCUCAGUGUAAUUGACUCUUCAUAUGGAAAACUAUUUGCUGUCAUCAUAUAUUAAAAUAUUUACUUAUUAUGAACCCAAAUAAUAUUGAAGACUAGAAUGCAAAACAGUAAUAUGAGAAUUUUAUAGAAGAAUGUUUUUAAGCCUUGGAGUAGGAAAGAACUUCUAAAACUGAUUCCAGAAUACUCCUUUUGAGUAUAUUUACAUAUACCCAAGAAACUGAUACAUGUACCCAGGAAAUCAUAUACCUUCAUGUUCAUUGCAGCAUGAACUAUAUUAGCAAAAUACUGGAAACAUCUGUCUCUUGUGAAAUGGUUGAAUAAAAUAUACAGUAGAAUAUUCUCUAGUAGUUAAAUACAAGUUAAAUAUAUACCUAUUAACAAGAAAAAAUCUGCCUGGCUGGUGUAGGUCAGUGGGUUGAGCACAGGCCUGUGAAGCAAAGGGUUGCCGGUUCAAUUCCCAAUCAGGGCACAUGCUCGGGUUGCAGGACAGGUACCCAGUGGGGGACACAUGAGAGGCAACCACACAUGGAUAUUUCUCUCCCACUCUUUCUCCUUCCCCUCUCUCUAUAAAUAAAUAAAUAAAUAAAUAAUCUGAAAAAUGCAGAGUGAAGAAUAAUGAAAGUGAUGAACAUAUUAUAAUGAUGCCUAUGUGAAUUUGAAUGAGAUCACCAGUAAUCAACACCAGUAAUAAGCAGUGGUUAUAGAUGAACAUUUUUAUGUAAAACUGAAGAAUGCGUUGGAAGGAUACACAUUCAGUUCCAAAAGUGGUUGCCUCCAGAAAGAAAGGAGGGGAUGGGAAAUGGGACCAAGUAUGGUAGUUAAAGAAUAUUUCAGUUUUGUAUCUAAAUAUCUCUUAUUAAAAAAUAAAUAAAAAAUUCAGGUAACCCUAACAAAAUGUUAGUUAAUUCUAGGUUGUGUCAAUAUGUUUGUUUUAAUUUAUUUCUGUGCUAUUUCCUUUGAACUUCUGCAAAUUAAAAAGAUAAGUGUAGGGAAGAUGUACAUGAAGUACAUGUUUAAAUGGACUCACAUUCUCAGAUGCUAAUAUUUUAUUUAAAAUAUUUCUAAAAUUAUUUAAAAUAUGAAAAAUUUGUGAUGGAAGCUUAACAGUUCCAAUUAUUUACUCACAUAUCACAUCACUGUGUAGUUUCUAUUCAGAAGUUACAGCAUGAUUUUGCAACAGAUUGGCUGAAUCACAUGCAUUUAAGGAUCACAUUUAAGAAUACAUGCACAGACCUGGUAGAAAGAAUUCAUUUUCACUGAAACAUUUAUCAGAGUUUUAAUACCCCAUAUAACCAGUAUUGGCAAUGAAAAGUAGACUUCAAAAUGAGGAAACCAUGUUAUGCAAAAUUUUUAAUAUGCCACUGAGUAAAAAUAUCCACUCUUGCAUUUUAGCCUCAAUUUUAACCUCAGAUUGUUUGGUUUUCUCUAUUCUGCUGGACAUAAUCAGUGCCACCCCCACCUCAUUUUUUUUUUUUUAAGAGAAAAAAGUGCUGAAAAGAGACAUGGACUUAAAUAGUUAUUUUAUUUGGAGCAAAGCUUUUUUAAAGGAUUUUUGAAAGGGAUACUUGGUCUCUUUUCACAACUUGACAUGUAGAAAGCUGUUAGUGCUGUUUUUAAAUAGUGUUAAAAAUGACUAUACAACAUUUAAACCUCAGAUUGAUUUCAGAUGUAUGAAUUUUUUAAACUCAAAAUAAUAAAGUGCUAAUAUAACCAUAGCACCACACUGCUUGUUUUUAGCAUUUUUGAGUGUUAGUCUUGCGAUAAGAUUAUAAAUACCAGUGGUUGAUUUUCUGAGGUAAUGUACCCAAACAACAUACACGUAUAUCAGCAUGAAUCUAGUUUUCUUCUAUUUCAUUCUUCAGUAAAAAUUCUCUCAUAAUCCUUAAGUGCCCUUCCCUUGUGCUUAUAUACCUGUGAAGUCACCAAAAGAACUAGGAACUGAAGUCAGGCCAAACUAGGAAGACUACAUUUUGCUGCCUAUAAGUGGCCAGUGCUAAGUUGCGGCAACAGGAAUAAUUAUAAUGGUCAGGUAAAGUAAGAUGAGAAAUUGCUGCACAGUGUCUGUGAUGUUAUGUACUGUAAAUUUAUUCAGCCAUCUCCAUAUUAAUUAAUCUUGUUGCUAAUUAUUGCCACCACAAGCUACAGUACAGUAACUACCCUUGUAAUUGGCCUUUACAUUUUACUUAUUUUGAUUGCUGGUGAAUAGAAUAUAGGCAAGAGAUUGGAAGACAUAUCAAAGGAUAUAUGCUAUUUUAAAAUUUUAAUACAUACCAUCAGUCAAUUUUUAAAAGACCAGAAAAGAGUAUAAACAUAUGCAAUGGAAUACUACUCGGUCAUAAGACAAGAUGAAAUAUUGCCAUUUGUGACAACAUGGGUGGAUCUUGAGAAUAUCUGCUAAGCAAAAUAAAUCAGAAAAAGUCAAGAGCCAUAUGAUUUCACUCAUAGAUAGGACAUAAAACUGAAAGAAACAAAUAAGUCAGACAACUGUAUGAUGGUUACCAGAGGUGCUUGUACAACAGAAACUCCAACCUAGGAGGAUGGAGUGGUGGGUAGUUAAGGGUAAAGGGAGCCAAAUAUAUGGGGAUUGAAGAUUUGACUUUGGAUGGUGGGCACACAAUGCAAUAUAUAGAUCAUGUAUCAAAGAAUUGUACAUUUGAAACAUAAUUUUAUUAACCAAUGUCACCCUAAUAAAUUUAAAAUAAAGACAUCUAGCCCUGCAGUGUUUGGUAUUAAAGUAUUCAAAUUCAUGCUUGUCUGAUGAGUAUAAACCUUACCUCCUAGAUUUGCUUCUUUAUAAAUUUUGAUACUGUUAACCCACUUCCCUAUAUUUUAUCUAUCUUGUUAAUUUUGAAGACUUCUUCAUAUAUUAAAUAUUAGGAACUUGUCUAAUUGUUUGUUAUAAAAAUGACUUUUCCAUUAAGAUAUUUAAAAUUUUUAUGUAACCAAAUAUGCAUUUUUAAGCUCAUGAAUUAGGAAAAUAUUUUUAAUCUCUAGAUUGUACAUAUUUCUUAGGUUGCCUUGAAAGCUCUUUAUUGGUUUUCUCAAUAUGGAAAUCUAUGUGAAAUUUAAUCUAUGUGAAAUAUAAAAAUGACAUUUUAUAUGUCAUAUAAAAUGAGGUUCAUGGUUAUUUUCUUCCAGAUGGGUUCCUGUUAUACAAGUACAAUUCAUUAAAAUAAUUUAUAUGUUCAACAUCCAGUCAUACAGCUCUUGAUACUAGCAGCAAUCACAGAUUCGAAGUGUCAAUCAAAUAGAAUAGGCAUUAACCCUGAAUUUUAUUGGCAGGUUUGUCCUGACUAGAAAACACCUUCACAAUAUGCUCUCAAUAUGCUCACAACACCUUCACAAUAUGUUUGUUAGUUCUGCAACUGCUCCAAGCAAGCACAGCUUCUGGGACUUCAGUACUGGGAAACAAUAUUCUCAAUUCAGGACAUUUUACAAUAAUCCACCAGUGCAUAUUCAUGGUGUGCCACUGUCACAUGGGGCACACUCAGUUGUAAGACUGAUAUCUAAGGUACAGGGAAGCCACUCUACUAUCUUAGUUUCCCCAAGACAUAAUGCCUUAAUCACAUGGCUGUAUAUGUGCCGGUUCACAGCUCUCCACAUCCAGGAAAAGGCUACAAAUGAGGGAUUUACAACAUAAUUUUCUCCAAGGAAGCUGUGAUAGAAAGGUAACUGUAAGGUCAUCUUUUCAUACAUGGGUCAGUGGGAACAUUUUUUUUUUAAAUUAUUUUAGAGGUGGGGAAGUGGGUGGAGGAGAAAUAUCAAUUUGUUAUUUCACUUAUCUAUGCACUUAUUGGUUGACUCCUGCAUGUGCUGUGACCCAGGAUGGAACCCACAACCCUGGCUUAUAGGGAUGACACUCUAAGUAAGUUACCUGGCUAGGGGCUAGAACAAAAGACCUGUUCUUACCCCUUUACUGAGAGCAUCCUUUCCCUAUUCAGUGGAAACUGCUAUGUAAGUCAUUUACCCACAUGUUCUUUUCCUCAUUCAGCUAAAACUUACCUUGUAUUUUCAUUUAUACCAAGACAUUUCUACAUUAUCUUGUUUCACUAAUCAUUUUUCUGUUCUAUGUUAAUACCACAUCAGUUUAACAUUAUCCUUAUUGUAGUAUUUUGAUAUUGCAUAGUAAGUCCCCCUUGCUUUCAAU